AAUCUAAAAUAACCAAUUCAAACAGAGAAUCUUGAUAUUAAUUUUGGCAAUUUUUUUCCUUUACAACCUAAUAAUCGUCACCUUCCAAACUGUCGCUGAGAACGUGUUCACCCCGUUUCAUAUAUUUCGGGGAAUUCCACUUUCCUCCAUUUGGUCUUUAUCUACAUUCACUUGAUACAGACAAUUUAGGUAUUUGAUGUUUCGGAUAGCAACUGGCCGUGGCGGGAAAGUACAGAAUUCGCACAAUUUUGGAUAUAAGUCUUUGAACUUUCAAGAUUAGACUAGUGAUAUUGUAAGAGCCGUAAACAACUUGAAAAGGAGGAGCGAUAAGGCCAUAUCAAUCAUGGAUGACAUGCCACCAAUUGAUGAUGCCUUUUUAGACCAAAUUUUGAAUGUACCAUAUGAUUACCAAACAGAAGGCGAACCUUAUAUUGAGAUUCUUAAACAACCAAAGCAGAGAGGAUAUAGGUUCAGAUACAUCUCUGAAGGCCAGACUCAUGGAGGUAUUACUGCUGAUAAUACUAAUAAAGGGAACAAGCAAUACCCAUCCAUUCAUAUUGGAAACUACAAAGGAAGGGCCUCAGUUUGCAUAACACUGGUAACAGCAGAUGACCCAGUUAGGGUACACCCUUAUAAUCUAGUUGGAAAAGAUGUUAAAAAUGGAAUGUUUCACUGUGAUGAGACAAAAGAACAAUGGGUGCGAAGUUUUCCAAACCUGGGUAUACAAAAUGUGACUAAAAAGGAUCUGGUACGAGUGAUGCAUGAAAAGUUAUGCCAACAAUUCCAAUUAAAUCAGCUGUCAGCUGCAAAAGAUAAUUCAGAAAUUACACAAUCUUUUGAUAUUGCACACCUUCUUGAAAGCUUUGGUGGUAAUGACGAACCUGGUCUUGCUAUAGAUGAAUCUGUAGCCCUAGUUAUUGCUGAGGAAGAAAAGAGAAGAUUGCUCAUAGAAGCAGAAAAGAUUUCUAAGGAAAUAGAUCUCAGUGCUGUACGGCUGUGCUUUCAAGCUUUUUUGUUAGAUGAAAGUGGACAAAUAACAAAAACAUUGCCAGCAGUUUUGUCCCAACCAAUCUAUGAUCAAAAAGCUGCACAUGCAGGUCAGUUAAGAAUCUGCCGCAUUAGCAAAACAUCCAGUUCUGUUGCUGGUGGUGAAGAAGUAUUUUUAUUAUGUGAUAAAGUUCAAAAAGAACAUAUAGCAGUUCGCUUGUAUCAAGAAGACAGUGCUGGUAAGCUAACUUGGGAAGGAUUUGGCAAGUUCUCACAGGCAGAUGUACACAAACAGUCUGCAAUCGUCUUCCGAACGCCACCGUACGUGGAUAAAGCAAUACAGAAGCCUAUUGAAGUUAAGCUGCAGCUCAAGAGGUCUAAGGACAACGCAUGCAGUGAACCUGUUCCCUUUAUCUACCAGCCUGUAGAGUACGAUCAGUACAAAAUUGGAGAGAAGAGACGAAAAGGCUUGCCUGAAAACAUCGAUGAGAUGCUCCAGUCAGCGGCAAAGCAACCGAAGACAUCAUUGCCACCAUCUUCCACUGUUUCGCAAGCCCCUGGAGCAGGACAGGGCGAUUUCUCCCCCCGAGCGAAUUCUUCUUUCAACUCACCUGGAAUAAAGUUUUUUCAACCCGACCAUUCUAGAAGAUAGUGAACCGGAUGCAACCUAGUUUACUGUAAAUGAAGUCCUUGCUAAAGAAUUAAUAUGGAUGUGCAUGUUUAAAAAAGAAAUUUGUUCAUAUAUGUUAAAUUUGAUCAAGAAAUCACAAAGAUAACAAAGGGGAGUAAGAUACUGGAAUAAGAUACUGGUUUGCAUGCCGGAAAAAGAAUGUGAUCUAACAAAUCUUGCAUCAAGGGAAUGGACUAUCUUAAAUUGUGCAUUAACAUCUGUUAUUCUUUCGUUGCCAAAAUAUUUCUUCAAAGUUUGGAGGAAAUGUCAAUGUAUUAUGGUAUAUUGAUAUUAGGGAGGUAAAGCUAGCACGCUGUAGUGACAGAUCGUACCUUUAUUUUUAGCACAGAGACGAAUUUGGUAAAAAUGUUUGCCUGCAUAGUGCAUUUGUGGUGUUCCCUUGAUUUAUUUCAGAAUAAAGAUAGUAUUUUAAUAGCACCUCGUAUUCGAAAGCCGGGAGAAGCUUGUUAUAAAGUUUCGUCUUAACCUAUAUUUUGUUGUGUAGAGUAUAAAGUUGAAUAUAGUAGUAACAAAUAAUUUCUUGCUCGUA